GUGAUAGCAUACAGUGAUGUGGCAUAGCACAGGGAAUGCAGGCAGGGUGGUCAGAACAGACAAGGUAUCACUAGAAGUCUCAAGAUGAGAGUCGGGCGUUCGGGGCCAUGCCGCCAUACCGCAGACGCGCCUGCGACCACGUGGGGGUAAGAUCCAAUUGGCAAUGCGAGCGAUACCAAGCAAGACCUCGAGAUGUCUGAGCUGGCGUUUACGGAGUAUGGCCCUCUUUGUCCGUGUGUCCAUCGAUCGCUACCGGCCAAAGCUGCAUGUCUCUCAGUCCCCCGAUCUCCGUCAUCACAGGUAUCCCCGUACCCCCCUCCCCCGAUCUACUUUUAGCCUCUUCUUGCUGGCUCAAGUUUCGUUAUUUUUUAUUUUCCUCACAUUCGCCCUCACGCUCUCUCUUCCAUCUCCGCUACCCACCUCCCCUGCUCCCGCCGUGCCCAGUCAGUCCAACGGAAGAUUUUUGCUCGCGCCAAACGGGACCAUUCCUUCUCGAGCUCGGGGUGUCAUUCCACGAAUAAAAGUCCAAAGUUGCGGCUGGGCGGCCCAGCCCGGACCAGGACAGCUUCCUGCUUUUCUGUUCUGCCACCCGUGCCAACCUCGGAAUCUACCCACUCUCUUGGGUCAUCUACCGAUCGACAAUCCUCAACCCCUUCGGUCCCUCUUAAGCCCUUGAGCUUUUCUCUUCCUUCCUAUCUCUUACUACUUCUUCUCCCUUCACUUCACCUUCCCGAUUCCUCCCAGGAUCAUCAACCUGUGAACCCUUCCUCAUCACCAUCAAGGGAAAGCAAAUACAGACAGACA